GGGAGUAGCCGAUGCUCAGAGGGUCGCUCUGGGGGGUCCAGAGGGGAUCCAGGGCCCGCUUCGGGGCUGAGGCGCUGCCUUAGGCCCCACCGAGUCUCCCUCAACCCCUUCCCGGCCCAGGUGCAGGCUCCCCGUAGCGCCCUUCGGCAUGGCGGAACCCGAGGUGGUGGUGCCCGAUUCGGGUGCUGUGUUUACGUUUGGGAAAACUGAAAUUGCUGAAAAUAUUCCCAGCAAAUUCUGGUUUAAAAACGAUAUACCUAUAUAUCUUUCAUGUGGAGAUGAACAUACUGCUGUUAUUACAGGAAAUAAUAAGCUUUUCGUGUUUGGCAGUAACAACUGGGGUCAGUUAGGAUUAGGAUCAAAAUCGACUGUUAACAAGCCAACGUGUGUCAAAGCUUUAAAACCGGAAAAAGUGAAAUUUGCUGCCUGUGGAAGGAACCACACCCUAGUUUCAACAGAAGGAGGCAAAGUAUAUGCCGCUGGAGGAAAUACUGAAGGACAGCUGGGACUUGGUGAUACUGAAGAGAGAAACACUUUUCACCUAAUUAGUUUUUUUACAUCCCAGCAUAAGAUUAAACAACUCUCUGCUGGGUCUAAUACUUCAGCUGCACUGACUGAGGAUGGAGAGCUUUUCAUGUGGGGUGACAAUUCUGAGGGGCAAAUUGGUUUACAAAAUAUAACUAAUGUAUGUGUCCCUCAUCAAGUGACCAUUGGAAAACCUAUCUCCUGGAUCUCUUGUGGAUAUUACCAUUCAGCUUUUGUAACAACGGAGGGAGAACUGUACACCUUUGGAGAACCUGAGUAUGGGAAAUUAGGUCUUCCCGGAAAGCUGCUGAUCAAUCACAAAGUGCCCCAGCUGGUGCCUGGAAUUCCUCAGAAGGUGAUCCAAGUAGCUUGUGGUGGAGGGCACACGGUUGUGCUCACAGAGAACGCCGUGUACACCUUUGGGCUGGGACACUUUGGUCAACUGGGUCUUGGCACUUCUAUUUUUGAAACUUCAGAACCCAAAGCCAUUGAGAAUAUUAAGGAUCAGAAAAUAAGUUAUGUUUUCUGUGGAGAAAACCACACAGCUUUGAUAACAGAUUUAGGCCUUAUGUAUACUUUUGGAGACGAUCGACGUGGAAAAUUAGGACUUGGACUGGAGAGUUUUGCCAAUCAGUUCGUUCCCACUUUGUGUUCUAAUUUUUUGAAGUUUACAGUACAGUUGGUUGCUUGCGGUGGAUGUCACAUGCUAGUUUUUGCCACUCCACGACUUGAUGUGGCAGAAGACGUUGAGUUAGAUGAAAUAAAUGAUUGUUGCUUACCUUCAGCUACAUCUCUGCCGAUCAGUGAUCUGACUUCAGGAAACGUACUGCAGAGAUCUUUAUCAGCACGUGUGCGGCGAAGAGAGAGGGAGAAAUCCUCAGACUCUAUUCAAACGACAGGAACACUACCUCCAAUUGCAGGGACUCUCGUACCACCUGUUUGUUCUUCGCCUCGUUCAGUUCCUUUCUGUAUGCCUACAACUAACCUGCUAGAGAAAAUGAUGCCUGAUAAAGAGGGCCCUAUGCCGCCAAUGGAACCAGAUUAUUUUCAACAUAAAAUAACCAAAGGGAAAGAGACAGACAAUUUUUCAGCAGAGGAUUCAGAAAGCCUUGGAGAAACUACUGAUGUCUUAAUUAUGACACAUAUGAUGAGCCUGAAUUCCAAUGAAAAAUUAUUAAAGUUAUCGCCAAUUCAAAAACAAAAGAAACAAGAAACAAUUGAGAAACUGAAGCAGCAUACAGCUCAUACUGAAAAUGAUGGUAGUAAUGAAUAUGAAAGUGAAGAGAUGUCCAAAAAGAUGAAAGAAGGGAAAGCAUAUAAACAACUUUUGGCAAAAGGAAUGUACAUGAUGCAAGCAGCUGUGACUAUGGAAGCAUUUUCAGAUGAGGACGUAGGUAACGACUCAGGCCAGCAAAGGCCUCAGGCCAACACCAGUGCAGAGAGUUUGCAAAAAGGGAUAUUUAGACAUGAAAAUAAGCAUGGUGUCUAUCCACUUAAUAGUAAGGAAAUAGAAAAGGAAAGUGACGAAGGACAAAGUCAGAAGGAUUCAGAAGUGGAAGAAAUAGUCUCUAAGACGGAAACUGGUCUGGUGAAAAUGACAGGUCUGAAUGAUAUAAGAAAAAGUGAAGAGAAUAGAAAAAAUAUUGAUACAUUCCUUGACGACUUACCAAAUAGAGACAUGAAUAUUGAGGAUGAAGAAAAUAAAAACUUUGUUAAGGAAAGUAAAAGUAACAAGCAAGAUAUGAUCUUUGACAAUGAAAGAGAAUCUAUAGAGGAGCCAGACAGUUACUUGGAAGGUGAAAGUGAAAGUCAGCAGGGUACAGCUGAUGGAUUCAAGCAGCCUGAGUCAAUAGAAUUUAGCAGUGGAGAGAAAGAGGAUGAAGUGGAAACUGACCAAAACUUGUGGUAUAGCAGAAAAUUUAUUGAACAAGGACAUGAGGAAGAGAUCGAACACAGAAUGUCCAAAUACAUGGCAAAAUAUGGUUUUAAGGGUGACCACAUAUCAGAGGAGCAGGAAGGAGAAGAUGAUUCAGAAGGAAGAGGAACAGAGGAGCAAGAGAUAGAGAUAAAUGAGGAGGUGCCUGGAGAAAAAGAGGAGGAGGAAGCAAAGCUCCUGUCAGAUGACCUUACAGACAGAGCAGAGGUGAGUGAAGGCGAGGGAAAGCCAGGGGGAGAGGCAGAGCACGUGCCUGAAGGUGGAGGUGAGGGAAUCGGGAAGGAGGGUAAUUCAGGAGUGGAACAGAGGAGUGGAACAGGAAGUGAGGAGGGGGAGGAGGAGAAAGACAAGGGAGGAGGAGAAACGGAGAGCCUGGGUAAGGGAGAGAAAGACCUGAAAGAGGAGGAGGAACGGGAGCAAAAGGAGAGGGAACAGGGCCAUCAGGAGGAAAGAAACAAAGGGCUGGAGGAAGGGGAAGGGAGCGAGCAAGCAGGGGGGGAAGGAGAGGAGGAGGAAGGCAAGGAGGAAGAGGGGGGAGAAGGGAAAGCAGGAGAGGAGAAGAGAGAAGGGAAAGAGGAAGAAGAGAAAGGAGAGGGGGAGGAAGAGCAGGAGGGGAAGGGGGAGGAAGUAGAAGAGGGGGAGGGGCAGGAAGGAGAAGAGGAAGGGCAGGAAGAAGAGGGGGGAGAGGAGGAGGGAGAGGGAGGAGAGGAGGAGGGAGAUGAGGAGCAGGAGGGAGAAGGGGUAGCGGAGGAGGGAGGAGAUGAAGGAGAGGAGGAAGGAGAAGAAGGAGAGGAGGAGGAAGGAGACGGGGAGGGAGAGGGGGAAAGAGAGGGGGAGGAGGAAGGAGGAGAGGGGGAAGGAGAGGAGGAGGAGGGAGAGGGGGAAGGAGAAGAAGAGGAGGAAGGAGAGGAGGAGGAGGGAGAGGGGGAAGGAGAAGAAGGGGAGGAGGAGGAAGGAGAGGAGAGGGAAGGAGAGGGAGAGGAGGAGGAAGGAGAGGAGGAGGGGGAGGGGCAGGAAGCAGACGGGGAGGGAGAAGAGGAGGGGGAAGAAGGAGGAGAAGAGGAAGAAGGAGAGGGGGAGGAGGAAGGAGAGGGGGAGGAGGGAGAGAGGGAAGGAGAAAGGGAGGAGGAGGAAGGAGAGGAGGAGGGGCAGGAAGCUGAGGGGGAGGGAGAAGAGGAGGGGGAAGAAGGAGGAGAAGAGGAAGAAAGAGAGGGGGAGGAGGAGGGAGAGGGGGAAGGAGAGGGGGAGGAGGAGGGAGAGGGGGAAGGAGAGGGGGAGGAGGAGGGAGAGGGGGAAGGAGAGGGAGAGGAUGAGGGGGAGGGGCAGGAAGCAGAGGGGGAGGGGGAAGAAGGAGGAGAAGAGGAAGAAGGAGAGGAGGAGGAGGGGGAAGGAGAGGAAGAGGGAGUGGGGGAAGGCAAGGAAAGGGAAAAGAAGGAGGGGGCAGUGAGGGAGAGGAAAGAGGAAGAAAACUGCAGGAGGGAAGGGGAGAAGGAAGAAGAGGAGGGCGAUGAGGAAGAGGAGGGAAGGUACCAGGAGAGAGGCAAUGAAGAAAGUGGAAGGCAGGGAAGACAGGGUGGAGGAAGAGAAUACAGCAAAGUGAGCAAGAUGAGAGGAUCUGUGAAAUAUGACAAAGAUAAAACAUAUCCAAAAAAGUUUAUUACUAACAGGGAAGGAAAGGGGAAAGAGCAUGAAGUACAGAGGUUCAAAAUGCCAGUGCAGUCAAAACAACUCUUAGAAAAUGGGCCACCAGGUUCCAAAACAUUUUGGAAUAAUGUAUUACCACAUUAUUUGGAAUUGAAGUAACAAACUUUAAAUUUGACCUGAUUAUGUCCAGCCAAACAACUUGAACACACUAUGAAGAAUAGGCACUCUUUCUGUUAUAUUGAUUUUAUGUCAUGGUUACCUUACCUGUGGUACAAUAGAAACCGAUAAAGAUAACUUGAGGCACUGGUAAAUUUUGGCUUCUCUUAAACUAAUAUUUUGGUGUAUUUUCCCCUGAAUUAUAAAUAUAUAACUAGAAAAUAUCAAAAGAUCAUAGUAUAUGAUUAAUAUUAUUAUUUCUCAUU